AGGAAGAGCAGAGACAAGCAGAGUAGCUGCGUGUCCAAGAGCAAUUAGCGGAAAUACGUCAGAUAGGACAAGGCAGUAUCCUCAGGAACUGAAAAAUCAACAAUGUCCGGUGAACUCAACGGCCCGGUGAUCACGCUUCACACGUCUGGUCUAGAUGCCCUCGACGUCAUCCGCAUCCCGCUGACGUCGGCUACGGUUGACAAGCUCACGGUCGACGUGGUUCACGAGCACAUUCUCGGUCUUCUAAAGGAUCUCCACAUUGAUCGCGACUUCCGUCUCGGGAUUGGAAACCGCCGUGUGUGGCCUGACAUCGACGGAAAGAAACCGAUCUCCUACUUUGAGCCUCUGGGCGCAAACUGGUUUCUGCACGUCCCUCCGGCCGUACAAGUAAUAGAAACCGUCGCCGGCAAGAAACUCACUCUCCAAGAAGUGGGAAGCAGCACCGUGACGGCGGUGGCGAAAAUGCUCAAACGAAAGAUGGAUGCUGAGGAGGGUAUUCCCCAGCCCAAGCAGAAAAAGCCCGCUUUCGCAGGACAACAACUUCUGGAUCUGCGGGCCCUCUGCGAUUUCAACAUUCGGAAGAAGCGCAAAGUGGAUGAGCGUCCGUGGAAUGAGCGUCCGUGGAGAGUCCCCUACAACAUCCAGCCGGAGUCCACCCUACACCUCGUCUUGCGCCUGCGUGGCGGGAGUGGGGGGAUGGAAUUCGUCGAUAUGAGCAACCCGAAAGGGCCGAAGAAGGAAGAGUGGGUCGACAAGGCACCUGAUUGGCGCGUCGUCGCUCCCGGGCUAACCCUCGAAGGAAAAUGCCGGAACCGUAAAUGUGCCGCUUACAAUCAAUGGGUCUGCAUCAACAUGGGCAUGACCGAAUACAACACCCUGCAUGACAACCACAAAUCAAAGUGCCCCGAAUGCUCCACCUACGUCCCCACGAAGGACUGCGGCUUCAGCGACUGCCGAUACCGUUUCUUCGGACUCAAACUUAACCCCAAAACCGGCCACCUCGAGCGCGCCCAAUGCGACUGGAAGACCAUCACCGACUCCGACUGCUACCAGUCCUUCAGCAGCGAUGACCUCGGGGUGUGUCAUUGGCACUCGCUUGUUAUCCAGACCAAUACAUACCCUGCGGGGGAUUUAUGGAUUCCCUGGUGUACUCCCUCGAGUUCUGCGUGUUGCUUUUGUUUGGAUUUGUUGAUGAAGGAAGAGUGUGGGGCUGUGUGCACGUUGAAGUGUGGGCAUCAGUUUCUUCAGAGGUGUGGGAGGGAGUGGAUGGAGAAGAAGGGUACUUGUCCGACGUGCAACGCGGGCGCGGUUGAGGAGUGAGAUACCCAUUAGCCUUGGGUCGUGAGUCGGGUUUCAAUGGAGCGCAUGGUGGGUUUGCUUGCACUGGUCUCUGUGCAGGUUUCAUGGGGAUAGGGUACGUUCUGCGUGUUGCUUUUGUUUGGAUUUGUUGAUGAAGGAAGAGUGUGGGGCUGUGUGCACGUUGAAGUGUGGGCAUCAGUU